AUGUCCAGUAAGUCAACCGCAUCAGUUACGGGCUCAAUCAAAUCAAGGGCAUCUAAAACGAGCAGGGCUGCAAGUCCAACUCUCAGUACGACUCUACGUAAAAAAGUACUCAUACAGAAUGCUGCCACGUCUAACAAAGCAACAGAGGAUAUUCCAGCCACCAGAGGUUACUCCAUCAGCGAACCGUGCCCUGAAACAGUAAGCCUUAUAGGAAUCAGCAAGGAAACCCAGAGCGUUAAUGACCCAAUGAAACCCGAAAAACCGACAGCAGUUGACUCUCAUAACAUCACAACUGAAAUGGGACAGGAAGCAGAUUCUGAAAACCGAAGCUCAUUAACGUUAGACAUGGAAGCCGAAUUGGAGGAAAGUUUAAAUAAAAUGGCGUGCACAGAUACUGAAACUAGUGGCAUCGCAAAUGAAAAUUCACCCUAUCAUAGGAUGACUACUUCUGCAAACAUACUCGAAGGCCUUAAUUCAAUAACCACUAUAGCGAAUAACAUAAUCACAACCAUAUCGGCUGUCAGAAGUGUGACAUCAGACAGCAAAAAAACUUGCCGAGCAUCCAUGCCAAUGAAGAACAACGGCACCCAAUGUAAACCCAUAUGGUGGACAGACAAAUUGGAAAAACUGAAAAAAGAUGUUAUCUCCCUCCAUCAUAAAAUUCAUCAUACCAAACGUAAAGGGCUUGCCCUGAACCAACUUUUAGAAGAAAGAAAUAGAAAAAAGAAAGAGUACGGGGAUGAGCUGCGGAGAACAUCAACAGAUAACUUUAGAGAAUUCUGUGAACGGCAAGGUAAGGAGAAUGUUUGGUCAGUUACCAACAGACUUUUAAAGGAGACAAAGUCUAAUUGCUCACCGAGUACUCUAAAAGUAGGAAACAGCUAUAAUAAUGAUGAAAAAGAAACCGCAAAGGCACUAAUAAAUCAUUUCUACCCUGAAGACAGUCCAGACUCUAAUCCCGCACAUGAAAAACUCAGGAAAAAUCGUGAACAAUUCCAAAAACAAAUGACGACCCUCCCUUUGUUAAAGAAGAAGUUAUGGAAUGCAUCCAAAAACAUGAAUCCCAAACGAGCUCCUGGUAUCGAUAAUCUAACAGCCGAUAUUUGCACUCAAUUUUCUAUAGCCUAUCCAAAACUUAUAACAGAAAUAAUGAACAGAUGCUUGUCCCUCCAAUAUUUUCCACAACAGUGGAAAAUCGCACACGUUAAAAUCAUUCCGAAACCCAAUAAAUCUGAUUGUACUAAUUUAAACUCUUUCCGCCCAAUAGGUCUUCUUCCCGUGUUUGGCAAAUUACUUGAAAAACUUUUCAUAAAUAGAAUCAAAUACCAGGCUACAAGAGAUGGCAGAAUGAGCAACCGACAGUUGGUUUCAAACUGA